ACAAGAAGCUGAUAAAUAUCUCUAUGGAAAUACAAGUACGCAAAUGGAAGGAAAUGUUUUUCUAAUGUUUUUUUGAAAUCGAGGGAAGAUCGUAAUGGCGGAUCAAGAAAGGAGACAAGCAGUUGGCAGUUGAUAUGUCUUUGACGUCAGUUUUGCCCGCCUUGUCGGGUGUUUACACCCAGAAACACAAGCAAAAGGUUCUGGAAACAGCCAGCAAUGCUUCAAGCUCAGUUCGUUCCAAAAAGAGCAAACAGAAGCACUUGGCUGAAGCUGAAAAACAGAAGGCUGAAGCAGAAGUGAAGGCUGCAAAAGAGAGAGAAGAGCAAUCUGUUCGCUUAUAUGAAGUGUGGUCAAAGAUUAAACAAGAAGAGAAAAAUGAACAUUACCAAUACUUGAAGGAGAGAGUCGCCAUACAACAUGAACUCAUCAAAAGACAAGACUCGCUCUUUAAGAAACGCCAAGCACACCUCGAGCAGAAACGCUGGCAGCUAAAAGAAGCAAAACGCUUGUCAAAGAUGGCCAAGUCGAAAGAGUAUACCGACUUUGUUCGAAAUGUUUUGGCUCAAGACAAGAAGAAAGCUCUCAGUUUGAAAUCGCACGUCCGUGUGAUUAGCAGCCAUGAACCAGUCUGUGCGCCACAGUCUGCACGAGAUACCAAAAGUAGCUACGAAAGCGCAAAAACUCAAUCACCCGGUCAGUCUAGUCCGGACAGCCACGAAGAAGCUGUGCUAGAAAGUUCCCUUUUCACAGAUGAUUUCAAGGGAUUGCUGCAUGACCCUGUUGAGGUACAGUUGAAGAAGCUGUUGGGUGCAGAUGCCGAGGAUUUUCUUCAUCCGACUUUCCGCGAGGGAGCCAAGAAAACUCUUAAUCCAAUGGGGACGCAGAGAAAACCGAGUGGCAUUGGAGCGAGAGAGCUGUGGGGAAUACUGAGAAGCAAUUCGCUGUCUAAACUGGAAUCACAAGAUGACAUGAUACCUGGAGAUGUAAAGAAUGCGUACACAGCUUUCCUAAGGGAGUGUCUUCACAACAACAUCCCCACUGUGCGCAGGAGUUUCUGCAAGGGCGAAGAAAAUGUCUUUGAAGAAGAUCGUGUUAGUGAGAGCCAGUUGAUACAGGACAUUAAAUUUACGCGACAUCGCUUAGAGCUCAUGUUUAGAGUGGCUCAUAUGAACCGUGAUAAAACCAAAUUACUGGUGAAAACAAUGGACCCCGAGGGGCCCUCUGAGGGGACACUGAGUCGCCCGCCAAGAUACGACCCGCAGCAGAUACUUGACAUGCCCAUGGGAACGCGUAUUGCACCAUUACCAAAGCUAGCACUAACAGACGCAGAGGGGGGACGCCAUUCGAUUCAGGAAGCACCCUCCCCUAGAAUGGAAAGCACACAUGAACCAGAGAAAGAAAAAGACGUGAUUGUCGGAGGAGAAAAGAUUGUAUUCCUCACUGAAGAAAUGGCAACCUGUGAAGGAGAAUUCGCCAAACGACACAAAGCCCAUGGAUGUUCUAAAGAAAUGGCCCCACUCUCUAAAGGGCCACAUAGGGAGAUCAAUGUAAGAGGAACUCUCUCAGCCCCUCCAAGUAGCAUGGGUUCAAGGGAAGCGAAGAAGAGCCAGGGCAGAUUGUGGGAACCGCUUAGUUUAAGCGCCUUGCUAGAGUACAAUGCCCCAGUACCCGCGCCGGGUAGUGGUGAAUUUCUUUUAGGACAAACGAAAACGUGGAAAAUACAACGAUAACACUUUUUACCUCCAUAACUAACAGCACGUUGGGCUCUAGCCUACAUGUAGGUGUACCAUUCCCCCUCCCUUUGGUUUCUCCUAGAGGGAGGGUAGGGCUACACCAAGGCUGGCUGGGCUGGCACUGUUUUGCUAUUCAAGUCAUUAUUUGUGUAAAUACCAUUGACGUGUCACAUGCACAAGGGGCGAGGUUCGUCAUGUAUUGUUUGGGAGGCGAACUUGGUGGAUGCACAUGUUAAUUAUUAAUUAUUAAUUAAUCAAUUAGCUUAUCAAUUUUUGAUUGAUGGAUCGGGGAAGGGUUUUUUUUUUUUUCUUGUUUUAAAAUUAUUAUCACCAUGUGGCUGGGCUGGUAGUCGAAUCUUGUAAGGGACGAAAUGUCUUAUUAUUCGUGCUACCCGUACAUUGUAAUAGGUGUGCAAAUAUUUAAGUAAAUAAAUAAAUAAUAUAAUAUAAAUAAAUUAAGAGAGUCGCGAGCAGGGUUGGAUUGCUUCUUCAUUGGCGUACCAGUUAUUGCCAUAUGAUCUGCGUGGGACUAAGAACUAGAGAAAAGGUUUUCUUGAAGAGUUUUCAAUCAAUCAUAGAAAAUGACAUCCUCGGAGACCCAGGGGCUGUGAGUCGAUUUCAAGUUAGGGCGGAAGACCCCUGGG